AUGCUGCGUCCGGUUCCGCCAUUGCCGCGUCAGAAAGGGCCUGAGCCCAAAGCGGCUCAAAGCGUGUCGAACGGCACGGGUCCUUCUGCAAAUGGGUGGAAUGGGUCCAAGAAGCUGAAACCAGUGGAGGAGGAGUCCGGCGGCCGCGGUCUUGAGACCGGAGCGCUUGUUUGGGUGUCAGAUCCUUCCCAAGUAUGGACACCGGGCGAGGUUACCGAGAGCUCGAGCUCCCACGUUGUGGUGAAGGUCGCGAAGACCGACCCUUCCGAAUCUGACGAAGAAGUCGAGGUUCCACACACUGGGGCCAACAAUCGCCUGCUUCGCAGGGAUGCCACAAUCGUCGACACCGCUGCCUUGCAGUACGAUGACUUGACAAACGUGCCGGAGCUGCACGAGGCUGCACUGUUACAGGCAAUCGCAGACAGGUUUCAGCAUGGGCGCAUUUACACGUUGACAGGGCCGGUGCUUCUGGCAGUUAACCCUUUCCGACACAUGCCUGGACUCUACUCGCCGGAGAUGCUGCGCAGUUUCUUCUCUGCCGAGAAGCUUCAGCCCCACAUCUUCAGCAUUGCCAAUCGGGCAUACCAAGGUAUUCUCGAUCAGGAUGAGUCUCAGACAGUCCUUGUCAGCGGUGAGAGUGGCGCUGGCAAGACAGAGACCACCAAGUUUGUCAUGCAUUUCUUGGCUUUGACAGGGGCGGAGGCAGUAGUCUCUGAGGGUGAGAAACCGCUGUCACGUGUAGAGCGUCAGGUGCUCCGGUCAAAUCCGCUACUGGAAGCCUUUGGAAAUGCACAGACACUCCGAAAUCACAACUCAUCCAGAUUCGGUAAGUACAUCGAACUGCAGUUUGGUGUGGAAGACGGGCGGCGCACAUUGAAGAAGCGGCUCAUCGGAACCCGAAUUCGCACGUACCUUUUGGAGACGGUGCGCGUGAUCGACCAUCAGCAUGGGGAGAGGAGCUUUCAUAUCUUCUACCAGAUACUGGCAGCCUCCCUACAGUGCCUACCUGAGCUGGAUGGUAUCGUGAGAAAGCACCUUGGGAACAUUGAGGGCCCCUCUUGUUUCAAGAACCUUGGCAACUCAGAGUGCUCUGAGCUUCUGGAUGACACGGAGGACUUCCAGGCAACGAUGGCUGCCAUGCAGACAAUGGGGUUUCAUGCUCAUGAAGUUGCUGAUGUCAUCCGAGCAGUUCUCGCAGUACUGCACGUCGGAAACCUUCAGUUUGCAGUUCCUGCACAGAACAGCGAAGCCUCCGAAGUCGUCAAGUCGCAUGAUGAGCUGGACCCCUUGGAGCAAAGCUCCGAGCUCCUUGGGCUUUCGCAGACGCAGCUGGCGGAGGUCCUCUGCAAUCGGACGAUGCAGGCGCCUGGUGAGCAGGUCAUUCGAAUGUCCAAUACCAUGCAGCAGGCUGCCGAGUGCAGAGAUGCUCUCGGAAGGCAUCUCUAUCAUGCGCUCUUCAAGCACAUCGUCGAAAAGACCAACGCCUCCAUCGGCUUUAAGGAAGAGGCCACGUUCUGCGGCGUGCUGGACAUUUUCGGCUUCGAGUUCUUCAAGAUCAACUCCUUCGAGCAGCUCUGCAUCAACUUCACCAAUGAGCUGUUGCAGCAGUAUUUCAACAACUUCAUUUUUGAGAAUGAGACUGCGCUUUAUCGAGAGGAAGGUGUGCCUUGGCAGGAUGAAGACUUUCCAGACAACGCGGGCAUCGUGCGGCUUUUACAGUCGUCCCCAUCAGGGAUCUUCCCCAUGUUGGACGAGGAGUGCUUCGUGAUAGGUGGCACUUCCGGGAGCUGGCACAGGAAGCUCAUACAGACGCACCAGAACCACAACGCCUUCGGCGUUGUGAAGUUGCAAAACUCGACCUUCAUUGCCGCUUGGAGACAACUUACCUGGAAGGGGUUGACUGAUCCGGGGGUCGAUCAUGAAGAGUUGGCAGGUCAAGCACUUUGCGGGUCCGGUGACCUACACCGCCCUGCGCUCAAACAUGGGCGUGGCGGCGUGGAUGCUGAUGGCACAUCGAUGUGCGCGCACAAGGUGGAUGGGUUUCUCGAGAAGAAUCGCGUCCUUCCGCCAAGAGGGCAUGUGAUGAAGCACAACGAAGCACAACGAGGCACAUCGAAGCACAACGAAGCUUGA